AUGAGUGGAGAUCGAGAGCUGUUCUCAUCACUGAAUGUAAACUUCAAACAUUCAGUGAAGCUCGGUAAUGAUAAGAGAAUGGAGGUCGUUGCAAAGGGAAGUGUGAAACUUGUCUUGAAUGACAUAGUAUACUCGAUCAGUGAUGUAUACUAUGUCCCGGAGCUCAAGAACAACUUGUUGAGUCUCGGACAACUACAAGAGAAGGAGCUCACUAUCAUCAUAAGAAGAGGUGCUUGCAAGAUUUAUCAUGAUGAUAAGGGUCUGAUUGCAGAAAGCAAGAUGAGCAUAAACAUUCUGUUUAUGUUGAUCGAUGAAGGCAAUGGAGAAGGAGAAACGAGACACCAACAAUGCCUCCAGUCCAUUUCAGAAGAUUUGCCAAAGCUUUGGCAUGAGAGAUACGGCCAUCUGAGUCACCGUGGGAUGAAGACGCUUCAGAGCAAGAACAUGGUACGUGGCCUUCCAGUCUUUGAUAUACAAACGUUCACCUGCUCAGAUUGCUUGGUGGGAAAGCAACCGAGAAGUAGCAUUCCCAAAAGAAGUAGCUGGAGAGCUAAGGGAGUUCUGGAGAUGCUACACUCUGACAUUUGUGGUCCUAUAAGUCCAAUGACCACAAGUGGGAAGAGAUAUAUCCUGACUUUCAUCGAUGACUACAGCAGAAAGUCAUGGGUGUAUUUCUUAUCAGAGAAAUCUGAAACUUUUAGCUCAUUCAAGCUAUUCAAGAAGAAGGUGGAGACUGAGACAGGGAAAGCCAUCAAGAGCCUAAGAACCGAUCGGGGUGGAGAGUACACCUCUCAUGAGUUCUCUGAGUUCUGUAAGGAGCACGGAAUUCGAAGACAGAUGACCACGGCCUAUACACCGCAGCAGAACGGCAUUGCAGAGAGGAAGAACCGCACUGUGAUGAAUAUGGUCAGAUGCAUGCUCUCAGCUAGGAAGAUGCCAAAGAGCUUUUGGGCAGAAGCUGUGAGCUGGACGUUCUAUGUCCUAAACAGAUGUCCCACCUUGGCCGUGAAGAACAUUACACCACAAGAAGCCUGGAGCGGGAUCAAGCCAAGUGUGGAACAUUUCAAGGUUUGGGGAAGCAUCGCUCAUGCCCAUAUUCCAGAUGAGAAACGAAGCAAGCUCGAUGACAAGAGCACUGCUUGCAUUCUUCUUGGUUUUUCUGAAGAGUCGAAGGGAUAUCGUCUUUACAAUCCGAAAACCAAGAAAAUCAUUGUAAGCAGAGAUGUGGUUUUUGAGGAAACAAGAGAGUGGGAUUGGGAAGAAGAUCAGAAACAGAAUGAAGAACUCACCUGGAAUGAUGACGAUGCUUCAUGGGAAGAGAGUGAUGAAGAAUCUGAUGGUGAAGCAGAGGAGCCUACAGCAGAAGUAGAAGAACCUGCAGAAACUGCAGAAGAAGCUCAACCACAACAGCAAGCUAUAGUCAGGGAGGGAAGAAUCAGAAGGCCUCCUCGCCAUUUGAGUGACUAUGUUGCUGGAGAUGAGAUCGAGGAUGAGGAAGAUGAGGUUAAUAUGGUCGUGAUUAACUCAUCUGAUCCAUCGACGUUUGAAGAAGCAGAAAAACAUCUCAAGUGGAGAGAAGCGAUGGAUGAAGAAAUCAAAUCAAUCGAGAAAAACCAAACUUGGGAGCUUGCAGAGUUACCAAAAGGAGCUAAGUGCAUUGGAGUGAAAUGGAUCUACAAGACAAAGCUCAUUGAGCUUGGAGAAGUGACCAAGUUCAAGGCUCGCUUGGUAGCGAAGGGGUACUGUCAAGAGCAUGGAAUCGACUACAAUGAAGUCUAUGCUCCUGUUGCGAGAAUGGAUACCAUCAAAAUGAUUCUCUCAACAGCAGCACGCAAAGCUUGGGUCAUCUACCAACUAGAUGUCAAAUCAGCGUUUCUCCAUGGAGUUCUUAUGGAAGAUGUUUACAUACAACAGCCGAAGGGGUAUGUGAUCAGAGGAGAAGAAGAAAAAGUAUACAAGCUUCACAAAGCCUUGUAUGGCUUAAAACAAGCUCCAAGGACCUGGUUCAGUCGGAUAGAGGAAUACUUUAUCAAGGAGGGAUUCAAGAAGUCGCAGAAUGAAGAAACCUUGUUCCUCAAAGGCAACAAACAUGGUGACAUUCUCCUUGUUAGCGUUUAUGUUGAUGAUCUAAUCUACACUGGAGAUAAUGUUAGCAUGAUGGAGGAGUUUAAGAAGUCGAUGCAGAGAGAGUUCGACAUGACUGAUCUAGGCAAGAUGAGAUAUUUCCUGGGAAUUGAAGUCCUGCAAACAACUCGUGGGAUUCAUAUCUCUCAAGGAAAGUAUGCUCUUGAAGUUCUAAAACGUUUCAACAUGGAGGAUUGCAACGCUGUUUACAAUCCAAUGGUGCCAGGAAGCAAGCUUGAUAUGGACGAGGAAGGAGAAAGAGUAGAUGAGACUUUCUACAAGCAGAUAAUAGGAAGUCUCAUGUACAUUACCACCACCAGACCUGACCUGCAGUUUUCUGUAAGUCUUCUGAGCCGUUACAUGGCUAGACCUACUCAACUACAUUUACAAGCUGUGAAGAGAGUGCUGAGAUAUUUGAGAGGUACUAUGGAUUUCGGAAUCUGGUACAAGAGAGAAGGAAAUGGAAAUCUUCUGGUGUAUAUUGAUAGUGACUUUGCUGGUGAUGUUGAGAGCAGAAAGAGCACUUCAGGUUAUGUCUUUCUCAUGAACGAUGCAGCAGUGGCAUGGUUGUCCAAGAAGCAGCCGAUCGUCACACUCUCGACAACUGAGGCAGAGUAUGUAGCUGCUUCAGUUUGUGCUUGUCAAGCGAUAUGGUUCAAGAGGGUAUUGAAGGAGUUGGGAUACGAUGGAGAAGAAAGCACUGUUAUUCUGUGUGACAAUACUUCUGCAAUCAAGUUGUCAAAGAAUCCAGUCUUUCAUGGAAGGUGUAAGCACAUAGGAGUUCGUUUUCAUUUCUUAAGGGAUUUGGUCAACGAAGGAGCAAUACGUCUUGAGCAUUGUGGAACAAGCGAUCAAGUUGCAGACAUUUUUACCAAGGCAUUGAAGCGAGAUGUGUUUGAAGGUUUGAGGAGUAAGUUGGGAAUUUGCUCUGUUGCAGAUAAGCUAAGCUUUGAACACCAAGCUUAG